CUUGUUUCUUGUUAACAGCAGACGACAGACCAAAGUUACGACACUAAUUGUUACUUAAAGUGUUUCAAGCCAGACGCGCCACUGUCAGUUUAGAGACGCGGGGACAAUCGCAAUCAAUUUCGAAGUUAGUAGGUCACUGCGCCACUGGUUCAAGUGCACUAUACCUAGGAUUUGGAUAGACAUCCUUCUUGGAUUCCAUAUAUUAUACAACAUAAUUUCGCUCUGUCACACUGAAGAUUAUGAAAAAAACAUUUAUCCAAUAAAAGUAACAUUACACCGUAUAAAUUUCAUAACCUCUAAAACACGUAGAAAAAAAAAACAACCGAGGAUUUCAAGUAUAUAAAAUCGAAUGUAUCAAUGCCACUAAUAAAGAUAAAGUGUCUAUAUUUUUGUAAAACGCAGUAGAAAAAAUUAAAAAAAAAUCAAACUUACUCACCAAACACUGGUUAACCACGUGUUGGUUCAAGUUCGUGUACUUACUCCUCGAGAAGCUCUCGAGAAGUGGGGGAGAUGCAGAUGUCGAUUCUCGACAUAUAAGGAACGUCAAGCGACAUGGAAGUAUGACAUUUUUUCGAUUGCUCCCUGACGGCACAAACCGGGACCGAAUCAUGGCUGAGUGGUGGUUCAUAGUGUUUUUCUUUGGGACCGCUCUGCAUCAUGGAGUCCUGGGUUAUAACAAUCUUGCCGACGUGCCGUGUGGUCAGGUAACAACGGGAACUCGAGCAGCCAGAGUUGUUGGUGGUCAGGACGCAAAUCCUCACGAAUUUCCCUGGCUGGUGAGCAUCACGAGGAAGGGCGGACACUUCUGCGGCGGCACGAUACUCAACUCAAGAUACAUCCUAACCGCCGCCCAUUGUCUUUGCACUGGUACUUCCUCGAUACCUGCCAGACAGUUACGCGUGACUCUCGGCGAACAUAACCUCAAGGGUCCCGAGGUACCAGCCGCGAAAGAAGAGGGAGUACUUAGUGUCAUAGUGCAUCCAGGACACAAAUGCGGCCGAUACGUGCACGAUAUUGCACUGCUCGAACUAGCGAGGCCGAUAUCUUGGUCGGAGAGUGUGAAGCCUGCAUGCCUGCCGGCAGCUACUGGGAAGCCAGAAUACAGUGCAUUCGGGGACGUACAUGCAGUAGCCGCAGGAUGGGGUUGGCUUGGUGAAGAUACGUCAAAACACAAAAGGGCGGACGUGCUACAAAAAGUUGGAGUUCGUGUUGUGGAGAACAGCGUGUGCAAAGAGUGGUACGCGAGUCAGGGUAAAAAGACACGCGUGGAACCGGAGCAGAUGUGUGCCGGUCAUGAAGACGGUGGUCGGGAUUCGUGUUGGGCUGAUAGCGGCGGACCUUUAAUGGUUGGAGGUCGUUCCGGAGGUAGCUCGAUGGUCAUUGGGGUUGUUUCGACUGGAGUGGGCUGUGCCAGACCUCGACUUCCGGGUUUAUAUACUCGAGUCUCCGAAUACAUUCCAUGGAUCACGCAACAGGCAUCGCGCCAUUGAGGUUAAUCCUUCGUCAGGAGAACUUUGGGUCUGAUUUCUAGAGGAUGAUACUGCUAUGUGUCCUGAAGAAGUUCGUUGAUGCACAUAUUUGUAGGUAGUAGGUGCGAUUUCUCGCUUCUCAUAAUGCAGUUACUAACAUGUUCUUUUAUCCUAUUUCAUGGAUAAUUUGAUCAAGUAUCGGUAUCGCGAUUGCAAUUACACGCACUGAAAUUGGUUCGAUUGAAACGUGGUACGAGUAUAACACAAAGUCGCUGACCUUUAACACUGAAGUGGAUAAUGAGCUUUUUAUAUGAAAAUUCCGUUUGCCAGUGUGAAACAAAUAUUGAGGAACUAGUUCAUUGAUUUAAAAAAAGGAUUUGACUUGAUGAGAAAGGCUUUUUGUUUUGAAGUAUGGUUAAGUAUUGGCAAAUUAUUGAAACGACAAAACUGUUACAUUUGUUUUUCGGUUUGGAUAAGAAUUACGGUAGUCUGCGAGUGAUUAUAUUGAACUCUUGAAAAUCCUGGUUAAUGAGAGUAAAGUCUUUUUAUGAAUAUAGUGGCAUAAAAUUUAACUGUGAUAAGAUAUUCUUUAGGAAUUUGGAUAGAUAUCUGAUAUAUGUACAUCAAUUGAUUCAUAGAAAGUAGUAUGAAUAUCGUGUGGACGGUUUAAUUAUAAUUAUGUAUUUUUAAUAUAAAAUUGAUAUUGCUCUCAA